CGGCAGAUCCACCCGCGGGGCCUGGGGCCGCAUUGUGCGCAGCAGCAACAGCAGCAGCCCCAGCGGCCCCAGCGGCCCCAGCAGCCCCAGCGGCCCCAGCAGCCCCGGCAGCAACAGCAGCCCCUGUCGCGCCGGUCGCGGCAGCAGCAGAUGCAGUGCAUCCGCCUGUGGUAA